GAGAGUGCACAUGUGCUGACAUACACACUGAAGGAGAUCACACAAGCUUCACACACAAGAAGAGCAAAAGACAGAAAGAAAGACGCAGAGAUAAAGUCGUCAGAAACAUCAUGGCUCCCAGUUUGGCUCAGGCGUACAGGCGGAGGUGGUGGAUGGCGAUCACAGCCAUCAUUGAGAACCUGCUGUGUUCAGCUGUUCUGUUAGGAUGGGGCUCUCUGCUCAUCAUGCUGAAGAAUGAAGGCUUUUACUCACACCUCUGUGUGGAACAUGAGAAUGUCACUGCUAACGUGACCUACAUGGAGAGCGGUCAGUGGAGGAGCUGUAUCGAGCAAGAGGAGAUGUUAAAUCUGGGCUUCACCAUCGGAUCAUUCCUCCUGAGCGCCGCCACGUUACCGCUCGGCAUCUUGAUGGACAAAUACGGGCCACGUCCGCUCAGGCUCCUUGGCAGUUCCUGUUUUGCAGCCUCUUGUGCCAUGAUUGCUACAGCUGCAUACAACCCUGAAGUUUUGUCCGUCCUCAUCUUCCUCGCCGUCUCCUUCAAUGGCUUUGGAGGAAUCUGCCUGACCUUUACCUCACUCACGCUACCCAACAUGUUUGGAAAUGUUCGAUCAACCGUCCUCUCUCUGAUGAUCGGCUCCUACGCUUCUUCAGCCGUCACAUUUCCCGGCGUCAAGGUGAUUUAUGACCUCGGCGUGUCGUUCCGUGUCAUCAUGUGGGUGUGGUCAGGUUUGGCCUGUAUGGUCUUCUUCAACUGUUUCCUGAACUGGCCCGGUGAAUCUUUCCCGGCACCAGAAGAUGUCAGAUACACUAAAAAGGUGAAGCUGAGUGGAAUUGUGACAAAGGACAAGAUAACUGGGGAAACCUACGUCACCCACAUCAGCGUCAUGGAGGACAUGAUGGGAGCCAAACAGCCAGAAUCAGAGAAAUCAAAAUCAGAGACAACAGCUCAGAGCUCCCUGUCGCUCUGUGACUCCAUGUGCACCCCGAUCUUCCUGUGGAGUCUCAUCUCCAUGGCCAUGACGCAGCUCAGGCUCAUCUUCUUCAUGGGCGCCAUGAACAAGAUGCUGGAGUUUCUGGUCACUCACGGGGACCCCCACCCCUCGGAGGAGCUGCAGCAGGAGGUGAAGGACCAAGUCGGUUUCUACUCGUCCAUCUUUGGCACCAUGCAGCUCCUCUGUCUGCUCACCUGUCCUCUGAUUGGCUACAUCAUGGACUGGAGGAUGAAGGAGUGUGAGGAGGAAGAUGAAAACAAACAAACAGUGAAGAGUCAAUCAGAUCCCCCAAAGAGGGACAGAAAAAUCCAGAAACUGACCAAUGCCAUGAGAGCUUUCAUCUUCACCAACCUCCUAUUGGUCACCUUUGGAAUCAUUUCUCUGAUCGACAACCUGCCCCUUCAGGUGGUAUCGUUUGUCCUUCAUACCAUAGUGAGAGGAUUCAUCCACUCCUGCUGUGGAGGUCUCUAUGCAGCCGUGUAUCCUGCUAACCACUUUGGGACACUGACAGGCAUGCAGUCCAUGAUCAGCGCUGCAUUUGCAUUGCUCCAGCAGCCACUGUUCAUCCUGAUGGUGGGUCACCUGAGAGGAGAUCCUUACUGGAUCAACGUGGGACUCCUCAUCUUCUCAGCGACGGGCUUCCUGUUGCCGGGUUAUCUCUUCUAUCAUCGUAGAAACCUGAUCCUGGCCAAGGCGGCACGUGAUAGGCUGGCUGACAGCCAACCAGACAAAGAGAACCUUCCUCUAAAGCAUUCAGAGAAUGGAUACGCAAAUGGCAGCACCAAUGGGCAUGUCGGUAAUGGUUACACGCCGAACGGGCACGCAGCGUAAGAUUAUCUAUAUGAUGCUUUUAUUUGAUCAUCACUACAGUUUGUAGUUUUGGUUCAGCGGUUUCAACAACACUCUGAGGCCUUUAAUGCAGCCUCAGUCUACCCUGAAAACUACAACAUCUACAAAACUAUGAAUCAAAUAUACUGAAACGCACAACGAUUAAGAAUAGUGCUGCAGGAAUGAGCCCUUAAACCUGGUGAGUGAAUUAGCAUGAGCAUUAGGCCUUAGGUUAAAUUCAGUGAGACUUCACACUUCAAAUCAAAUGACACACGUUCAUAUCAUUAACAUGUCAGUUCAUCUUCUUUAAUUGUUUUUAGUGGUGUGAUAAAUUAACAUGGCACUUUGUCCUUACCGCCCAUCGGUGUAGCAGUUGUGUACUCUCUCUUAUGUGUGUAACAAAGCAGGCAUAAUCUGAUAAAACAGAGACAUAUCAGGUCUCACAGCCACUGUUGUAGUAAUAUGUAGUGAAAAAUAGAGCUACUGUCCAUCAGCUAUACCUCCAUGAGGUCUACAGUUGCAGGACAGUGAAAGUACCUUGGUGGGUCAAGCGGCUGGGGUUGUGUUUGACUUUGACCUGCAAAGUGUGUUCAGUUCAUCCUUGAGUCAGCGUGGACAUUUAUGUGCCUUACUGGUCACUCGUCUUGUAAUGAGUCAUCAUUUCUUCUUAACCAGCACCGCAGCUCAAGGCUUGAUAUCCCAGCAUGCAGUGUGCAGUGAAGCCACUUGAAGUACAAAUUAAUUGGAUUGAAUUAGCCACAAGCUAAGAGACCUGCAGCUUUUUUCCCUCAUUUGUCAUCAACAUAACCUGACACAACAUAGACUUUUUCAUAUGUUGCAUGGAUAUAUUUCACAAUAAUCUGGGAAUCCUCCCAUGCUGAGUGUUUGGGAAGGGCAGGACUUUUUAAAAAAAAAUACCAGUAAGGUGAUUUGAUGGGCAUUCUGUCUGUCACAUUAAGGACCAAUAGGAGUGAAAAAAGGCAAAAUUAGGUAGGCGCUGUCAUAGUUUGCAAACAGUGGAGCCUGUUGGUGGACAGAGAAGAGUAAAAACAUGUUCCCACCAAGACAGGCUUUCAGUGUGGCCCUCUGCUCUUCUUUCAACAAAGAAAUGAAGUCCAGUUCUGAUAAAACUGCCACUAUUCUAUCUCUACAUCCUAGCUAAAUGCUACACAACUUAAUUCCGCCUGUAACUAUUGCAAACUUGUGCAAAAGCAGGUCAGGAUAAGAGUGGAGAUAUUUAUUCCAUCAUGAAAAGCUUUCAGUGCUGUUGUUUGCUCUUUAUCUAAUUAGGAAAUGUGGUCCAGUUCUGAUAAAACUGCUGCUAUUCUAUAACUGCAUCUGAGCACAUCACUACACUAGCAGCCGCCAUUGCUACCAGUUUCCAGAUCAGCGAAACCCUGCACGUAGCUGCGCCUCCUUCUACUCAAAUGACUUUAAUUGGUCAGGUCCAUUUUCAGAUCAUUUUAUUGGAGCUUUGCUAGCUGGAUCUGCCAGGUUCUCAACCUGACACGCCAGAUAGACUGUUUCAUAUAUCUGUUGCAUGGAUAUGUCACAUCCAUCUGGGAAACCUCCCAUAGAAAGCAUUUGGGAAGGGCAGGACUUCUCCAAAAAAUUCUAUCCACCAAUCAGAGUGCCAAACAUGUAAAGUAGUAAAUGCAUGUGCAGCUUUGCAACAGACCACUACCAUAGUUUAAGAACUGUGGAUUAUGAUGUGGAUUAAACGCCAUGGCUCAUCGGGGGAAGAGCGAAAACCUCUUCUCCUCCAAGAGGAGCUUACAGGGUGGCUCUUUGCUCUUGUUUUUAUUUUGAAAAUGUGGUCCAGUUCUGAUUAAACUGCCGCUAUACCAAUGCUACAGCCAAGCUAACCGCUCUACCAGCUCCCACUGCAUAAACCAACCCACACUACACCCCCACCCACCUUCCCCCA